AUGGUCCAAGGAUUGACCCUUGAGCAACACCCCUCUUCACCACUCCCAAUUCAGAUGUUAUAUAUUAAUACUACUCUUUGGCAUCUGCCAUCUAGAUUAACCUCAAAAAUUAAAAUAAAUUUCUUUAAAAUUAGAAAAAUUGAUGAUUUAAUAGAGGUAAAUUUAGAACACGAAAACAAAACCAUAAGGGCUCUUUUAACUGCUACUGAAAUUGAAGAAGUGUCUAACGAUGCUACCAAACUAAUACAAUAUUUUAAAAAACUCGAAUACCAGCAACAAUUAUUAAAAAAAAAGUUAGAAACUAGAAACCAAAACCCUAGUAGUAGUACAUCUAGUAUUAUUAAGAUUGAUUUAGGGUUAGGAUCAGGGUCCCCAGAGCAGAACCGGAAUGAUGAGAGUGAGUCCAGUGAACCAGUACCAAUGCAAGAAAAUACCAAAAAAGAUGUACGGUUUAAAUGGACAGACGAUUCAAUAAAACUAUUGCUGGACUACCGUUUAGGACAGGAGGACAAAUUUAAUAUGCCUACCUGUAAAAAAACAAAACUGUGGCAGAAAAUAUCUAUUCUAAUGAAAACAGUCGGAGGCUACAAUUUAACAGGGGACGAAUGUUAUAAUAAAUAUAGGAAUUUAUUACAAACCUAUAGAUUUAAUAAUGACAAAAGGCACAAGAUGACUGGAGAAUCAAAAAUUACUUGGGAAUACUUUAACAUAUUCGAUGAGGUUCUUGGUACAAAGCAGUCAAGUGCUCCCAAAGAAUUAUUACUGUCUUCAUCAUUAGAAAAAGUAGAAAAAGAAAAUAAAGCUGAAAAGCCAAAACCAAAUGAAGAAAGAAAGGUGCAAAAAGUAUUAAAAGAAAAUAAAAUGUGUUUAAAUGAAUACUUAUUCUAUAAAACACAAAGAAUGGAAACUAUUUGGGAAGAAAAAAAAGGGCUGAAGGAACAAGAAAUAAACGCGAUGAACAAUCUAGCAGAUGCAAUUCGGGCAUCUAGUUCUAAAAAAAGACGCCAUAGUUCUGAUUCUGAUUGAAUCUAGUCAAAAAUUAGAUAUUAUGUUAGUUAAUGUUGCUUAUUUAUAUAUUUUUUUAAUAUGUAUAACUUUUAAUUCCAAUUUAAUUGGAUAGAGCGAGAGAGAGUAGACUAAGAAUGUACUUUUGUUUUUGUACUUGUUAGAUUUGAGGCUAGAAAUAUGCCAUUAUGAUUUUUGUUGUUUGUUUUUCUAUUUGUUCAAAGAUUUAAUAAAGCAUUUGUGAAUUUACUUGUUUCAUUUAUUUCUCUUGUUAUAUUUUUCAUUUCAAUACUAACAAAGUUUACAGGACACAUAAUAUUAACUCAAUGUUGGUUUAAAAAAUCGUCAUUGUAGUACCUACCUGCAAAGAAUAACAAAAAAAACGGA